AUGAUCUUCAGGAGACUGACGCCUCGGAACAUCACCCUCCUGCUGAGCUUCACGACCAUCUUUCUUUUGUACACCCCAAACCCGAUCAAUAUUACCACAGACUCCUUUGAUGAUUCGAUCUUGGAAACUUCAUGCUCCUGUAAAACGUGCGUCAUGGGCUUUUUGGACGACGACUGGUUCGUUUAUCGAUACGACCCCACCAUUCCAGCUCUGCUCAACAGAAAAAACAGUGUGUUACGCCAAGACACCUACAAAUGGUGGAGGGGUCUACAGCCAUCCAAGUUCCGAGUUAACUACACAGAGGUGGUGGAUCAGAUGUUUUCCCUAUUUCCUGAUGAAGAUCACUACUCAGACGCCGGUCCAGACCGCUGCAGAACCUGUGCUGUGGUGGGAAACUCGGCAAACCUUCUGGGAUCCCAUUAUGGGUCUCUCAUAGAUUUCCAUGAUGUCGUCAUUAGGAUAAAUAAAGGCCCGACCAAAGGUUAUGAAAAGGAUGUGGGGUCUAAGACGACUCACCGGAUUCUGUAUCCCGAGAGCGCCAUGGACUUGGACAACUCCACCCAUCUUGUCCUUUUUCCCUUUAAGAUUCGUGACAUGCAGUGGCUCAUAAGUACCUUUACCACUAGACAUAUCACACACACAUACACACGAGUCAAAUCUUCAAUCAACGCAGACGAGAACAAGGUGAUGAUCCUCCACCCAGCUUUCAUUAAAUAUGUCUAUGAGAAAUGGCUCCUGAAACAUGGCAGAUACCCAUCGACUGGCUUCAUUACAAUAUUAUUUGCCUUGCAUAUCUGUGAUCAGGUGAAUGUCUUUGGAUUUGGGGCUUCAAGUAAUGGAACCUGGCAUCAUUACUUUGACAAAAGUCGCACUCACUAUAAAGGCGGCCCUCAUGGUGGAGACUUUGAAAACAAAACAAUGCAUCAGCUUCAGCAGAGAAACAAGAUUUCCAUAUAUAAAGGGUAUAGAUAAAAAAAAAAACUAGGAAAAUACUUAGUCUGUUUAUAUUUAUAAUUUUUUUUAAACAUAUUAACUUGUGGAAAGAGAUAUGUUGUGGCCAUGUGAUCCUACAGUAUGUUGAGUGAUGUCCAUCCUAUGUUGCCCAAGAGUUUAAUGCAUUAACAAACCUUAUGAUUACCCCAGUUUUAAUAUGUUCAUGCAGGUUUGUUUACACAUUAAACAGAGAAACAAGAUUUCAAAUGUAUAAACGGAUAAAAAUAAAAGGCAUUUCUUCAAUCGAAUGAAAUUAAAAGCAGUAAAGUUAGCCAUUACGCUUAUUCGCCUAAUUGGAUGUGAAGUCUUACAUCACGCGUCACAGCUUCCUGGUCCAAGCGCUCUAUCAGAUGCCACGAGAAAACAACAAACACUGCUAAUAUACACUCACGAUGUGACAUAACUCCAUACCGAAAUCCCAGAUAGCCAGACAAUAAAAAUAUAAAUAUACAUAUUAUUUGUGUUUGGGACGCUGAUAGCACACCAAAAAUUUGUCCAACUUUUAGCUUAAAUGUUUAAUAUGAAUGAACGGUGCUCAUAAACGGCUGCUGAGAUAGUAUUCUCGAGUGAAAUGAGUUAAGGCUUGGACCCGGAAACAGAUGUUGCAGGCUUGCCUUUUAGUGGCUUUGAGCCUAAGCCUUGACGUCAUCAGAGAAGGUUCAUCUUUUCAGGGAGGAGGUGCAUUUUCAGAUUUGGAUUAAAGAUUACGAAGGCAAAAAAAAAAAUAUUUUUAUUGUUUUAAUUUUUGUUAGAUUGAUGGAUGAAUUGGUCACCACAAAAAAAAAAAUGUAACAUGACGUCACACAACUUCCAUUCUGUCUCGAAGCAGUGACCAUUGCAAGAUGGCGGAUGGUUUUUUAAUGUCAUACACCCAUCGUUCUGCGUAUCACCGACGCAUCUCGAGCGAGCUUGUAUUGGUAGAUGCCUCAUUCGACAGCUCCGCAUGCAUCCGCCAUCUGGCAAAGGUCAACUUGACGUCAUUCACCAUAAUAAUCAAUGUGGCAUCUUCGAAUAUUCAUUGAUUGUUAUGGUGAAUGACGUCAAGUUUAGCCUUCCAAUAUGACGGACGGCUUUUAUAGCUGCCCAUAGAAACAGUCACUAAUGAGGCAUUUCAUUUCCAUAUCUAUGAGCGCUAUCGCUACCAAUAGUUCACCCAGACAAUUAUAGAUCUAAUCGUAUUUGUGAUACGAUUAGAGAAUUAUUGCAGCUGUCUACUCUCAUCCUCAUUUAAGGAGAGGCGUCUGGCAUCUCAAAAGAACUUGAUUUGCUGCUUGAAUUCAAGGGAAGAAUUGAAAACUGAGCAUUUGUACUUUAGGAAUCACGUGACUUCCAUGUAGUCUUUGCUGUAUAUAUUUAAAUUAGGUGAAGUUGGUUAGAUAUGUGUGUCAUAACAAAUGUUCUAUAUAUUUAUAUGUGGUAACAAAACUUUUUCAUUAAAUAAUUUAUGUAUUGCUUCAUACAACGCCUGUAUGUAUAAUAAAGUUCACAGGGAAUAAAGUUGUCCAUAUGGAUUUCAGUUAAUUGCAGAGUGUCUAUGGCGGAUUUCAU